CGGUCUGACCCAGUAUGUGUGUGUGAACGUGUGUUUGAAUGAGUGUGUGUGCUGACAGCAGCUGGCAGAGGUGACAUUCAUCAGUUUCAGUCGUUUGGAAUAAAUGAAAAGCUUCAAAAUCCGGAUAUUUACUUGAACCAGCGAUGCCCUGUGUACAAACCCAGUAUGCAUCCUUGCCCCAUGACACCUACUUCAGCUCUGAGUUCUUGAAUCCUGACCUCAGUGCCAAACUGAUGAUGGACAUCAGUGGCCAAAAGGACCAGCUGUCUACAUCUUCAUUGCCCAGCAUCAACACCUUGGUGGGAAAUGGCUAUGUGGGGGAGUUUGAUGCUUAUUCCUGCAAGAUUACCACCUCUCCUCCGGCCUCUACAGUUUCAUUCAGCCACAACGCAGUAGCUGAAAGCUCCUGCCCUCAGAUGCAGAGCCAAGCUUUCAAGCUAGAUGAUCUCCAGGUGUAUGGCUGUUACCCAGGUUCCUUUGCGCUGAGCUGUCUUGAUGAAACGCUGUCUUCAUGUGGCUCCGACUACUAUGGCAGCCCGGUUUAUGCCGCUGCUUCCCCUCCAACAUCGGGCUUUCAGGCCCAGUCUGCACCUGUCUGGGAUUCCCCUUUCAGCCCCUACUCCUCAGCCCCCCCCUCCUCUGUGGCUGAUAAGACUGCCAUGGCCCAGCAGCUCUCCUUUUUCACCUUCAGCCCCACACCAGAGCAGCACUCCCCCCUGGGGCAGCAUCAGGAUGCUCAGCCAGGUCAUGAUGACCCUUUCUUCCUGCCUCCUCAGCAGCAUGUCUCUCCCCUUCAUUGCCCCCCCAUGUCCCUGGAGCAUGGACCCCUGGAGAGCCCCAGGAUAGUGGAGGGGACUAUGACAUCGCCUAAAACCCACAACCCAGGAUCCAGUGAGGGCCGCUGUGCAGUUUGUGGUGACAAUGCAUCAUGUCAGCACUAUGGAGUCCGCACCUGUGAGGGCUGCAAAGGUUUCUUCAAGCGAACUGUACAGAAAAAUGCAAAGUAUGUGUGCCUCGCCAAUAAAGACUGUCCUGUGGACAAGAGGAGGAGAAACCGGUGCCAGUUCUGCCGUUUCCAGAAAUGUCUCGCAGUGGGAAUGGUCAAAGAAGUUGUUCGCACAGACAGCCUCAAAGGUCGCCGGGGACGUCUGCCUUCCAAACCCAAGACUGUGGCCGAGGCUUCAUCAACAACCCCCAGUGUCAACAUCAUUGCCUCCCUUGUCAGGGCUCAUUUGGACUCAAACCCAACCAUUGGAAAGCUUGACUACUCUGAGUACCAGGAGACAGUGGACAACCUGAAAGAAAAGGAGGAUGCUAGUGAUAUCCAGCAGUUUUAUGAUCUGCUGACCGGUGCUUUGGAUGUGAUAAGAAGUUGGGCUGAAACCAUCCCGGGAUUCACAGACUUCUGCACAGAAGACCAAGAGCUGCUGCUUGAAUCUGCCUUUGUUGAGCUCUUCAUUCUGCGACUCGCAUACAGGUCAAAUCCUGAGAAGAACAAGCUGAUCUUCUGUAAUGGUGUGGUGCUCCACCGACUGCAGUGCGUUCGCAGUUUUGGUGACUGGAUUGACUCCAUCAUGGAUUUCUCGCAAAGCCUUCACCGCAUGAACUUAGACGUCUCAUUGUUUGCCUGCCUCGCAGCAUUAGUUAUCAUCACAGAUCGCCAUGGCCUCAAAGAGCCCAAACGGGUGGAAGACUUUCAGAGUCAUCUCAUCACUUGUUUAAGGGAACACGUGAACGGAAAUGGAUCAGAGCCGAGCCGGACCCAGCCCAACUAUCUUUCUCGUCUUCUAGGCAAACUCCCUGAACUGAGGACUCUAUGCACACAGGGCCUGCAGCGCAUCUUCUACCUGAAACUGGAGGACCUGGUCCCUCCUCCACCAAUAGUGGAGAAAAUCUUCAUGGAUACUCUGCCGUUCUGAAAAAAAUAAUAACACAAAUGUGUUAUUUGUAAAAAAGCACUUAAUGUGAGGUUCUAUCAUUGAACUCUACGGAUGAACCUCCUUCUGUCACACUGACUUGUGUACUGACGAAUGUCUGACAUGGUUCAAGAUUAUUUUUCUAACAUGGUACCUGUGUGAGUACCACAUAAAGAUUUAUUUCAGUUCAAGGAUACUGUCCCAGACAGAGCUGAGAUGGUGUUACAGUUCAGGACACAGUUUAUAUAUAUUUUUUGUGUGCAUUUGUAAAAUGAUUUUAUUGCUGUGCUCGAUGUGUGAAUGUUGUCCUGCUAUGCAGCUUGUAAGACAUGGAUAUCUGGGUAGAUGCAAUGCAGUGUUACAUACUCAGCUUUUUCUAAAAACAAAAGAAACACACUAAUCUCUUAAAAUGCAUGUUUUUAAAGUUGCUUUUGUUCCCACUAAGAAGCUGAGAUAAUAUAAUUUUUAGUAGAAAAGGGCAGGCAGAAUCACCUGUUUCUUUAAAGAACUGUGGAGUCCUAAUUUAAGAAAGGGAAAUACUAAGUUCUUUGAAUCACAAAAGAUAGUUUUAGUCCUAGUUGUGCUCCUGUGGAAGGUCUUGGACCAAAGUUUACUCUUAUUUUGAUACUACCACUUAAACCUUGUUGCCUUAAGCUAAACAAAAUGUUCUGCCAUAACUCUUGUGCUGCCAUUUUGCAACACCUUGUAAAGGCUGCUGCUGGCAGCGUUCCUGUUGAACUGCAUGUCCCUGUAACAACUUUACCCAAUACUUUUUGGGCUUUUGAGAACAAAAUGGACUUGCUGAAUGAAAAUGCAGUGCCUUUUAUAAAACCUCAGUCCUCGAACCAUAUUAAUUAAGUGACACUAAAUGAAUUUUCAUUCCAAAUAUCACACACAGCAAGACCCUGUUAUUACAGAUGUGAAAUUAUCUAUUUCAGUGUUACCAUCAAAAUUAAUUUUGUAUUGGAAUAUGAUUUCAGGUCUGUGCCAGCUUUUGUUAUGAAGUGCCUGAGGCAUGAGGUUGUUAAUUUAGAGAAUACAAUACUUGAACACACACUUCACAUUGCAAAACUAGGAAGAGAUCAAGUGAUGACAUGUGGUUUAGGAUCUAUAAGAACUAAAUCCUGUUCAUGUUCCUGAGGCAGUGAACUUUGUAACAGCAGCAGAGCCGUCCAGUUUUAGACUAAAUGAAGUCAAAGCACAUUUCAUGAGUCUCCUUGCAUCCACAAUUAGAUACAGUAUACCCCAUUCAAUGAUUUGUUUUUAACCCAACAAGUCAAGAAAAUCCACAUGCUUAAGCAGACAUUUUAUGUUCAACAUCAACUGGUUUCUUGUCUUUGGCUGCAAACACAUCACCCUGCAUGUGUUUGUAAAGCUCUCCUACUGUCUUCCACAUUCUUCUGAUUUCUGCAGUUUUUAUAUGUUGGAUUUAUUUUGUAUUUUCAUCUCAAAAUGAACUAAAGAAAUAUCUUAAGGAAUCACAGUGACGUGAUGAGAAGAUGAGCAGCUAAGAGCACUUCAAACAGUGUGAAAACAAGAUGAAGAACACAUUUUUUUCUUUAACUGUAUGUGUUUUGUUUGGGACAUGUGUGUGUGUGGACUUUGAAAAUACUGCCAGGGCUUUCGUAAAAUGGUGCAGAAGUGUUAAAAGCAUAGACUCUUUAUAUACAGUCUAUGGUUAAAAGACAGAAUAUUUGAUAUUAAAUCUUUUUUGAAAAUA